AUGGGAAAGCUAAAUAAUCUUCAGACCUUGUCAUAUUUUAUUGUGGAAGCCCAUAAUGAAUCUGAUCUCAAAGAUUUGGCAAAACUCAACCAUCUUCAUGGAACAAUUCAUAUUAAAGGCUUGGGUAAUGUCAGUGAUACUGCAGAUGCUGCCCCAUUAAAUUUGAAAGAUAUAGAAGAAUUGCAUACUGAGUUCAAUGGCGGAAGAGAAGAAAUGGCUGAAAGCAACCUGUUAGUCUUGGAGGCUAUACAACCAAAUAGCAACUUGAAGAAGCUCAACAUCACACACUACAAAGGUAGUAGAUUUCCAAAUUGGCUAAGGGGUAGUCAUUUACCCAACUUAGUAUCUCUUCAACUGAAUGGUUGUGGGUUAUGUUCCUGUUUGCCACCCCUUGGACAACUCCCUUCUCUUAAGAAACUUUCCGUUUAUGAUUGUGAAGGAAUAAAGAUCAUUGAUGAAGAUUUUUAUGACAAUAAUUCAACAAUUGUUCCAUUCAAGUCCCUUCAAUUUUCGAUAUUUGAGAAUAUGGUGAACUGGGAGAAAUGGAUAUGUCUAAGGUUUCCUUUGCUUAAAGAGCUUUCUAUAAGAAAUUGUCCUAAAUUGAAAAGCACCUUGCCUCAACAGCUUCCUUCUUUACAAAAAUUGUGCAUAAAUAAUUGCAACAAGUUGGAGGAAUGGUUAUGCCUUGGAGAGUUUCCUUUGCUUAAAGAGAUUUCUAUAACAAGUUGUCCCGAAUUGAAAAGGGCUCUGCCUCAACACCUUCCUUCUUUACAAAAACUGGAGAUUAUUGAUUGCAGCAAGAUGGAGGCAACAAUUCCCAAGUGUGAUAAUAUGAUAGAGUUAGAUAUACAGACAUGUGAUAGAAUUUUGGUAAAUGAAUUUCCGACGAGUUUGAAAAGGUUAUUCCUUUGUGAUAAUCAGUACACCGAGUUAUCCAUGCAGCAAAAUGUAAUAAAUUUUCCCUUUCUUGAAGAGUUGGGGUUGGAUUGGAGUGGCUCUGUGAAAUGUCCUUCUUUGGAUUUACGUUGCUAUAAUUCUCUUUGGAGACUAUCAAUAAAAGGAUGGCACUCCUCCUCCUUGCCUUUGGAACUACACUUGUUCAUGAUAGGAACCCAAAUUAAGAGAAACAAAAGAAAUAGUAUUAUAGAUUGA